CCGCUGCUGGCACCGACCGGUCAGUCUGCAGCGACAGUUUCGCCUCGAACGCGGCGUCUCUCGCCGUCGACGACGUCCCUCCGACCGACAGUCCUGACGCGCGUGGACCAGAGCCCCGAGGCCGAGAUCAGCGCCGGCUCUGUCAGGCGCGACUGUCGGCAGAGGCGGGCCGGCUCGAUCAGGCCCUCGGAGACGCAGCAUCCAGUCGACGAGGGGCUGUUGGAGGCGGCGAUGCGGCGCGGCCCGCCAAUCAAGUCCGGCCAGGCCAUUCCUCGCGACCUCGCCGUCGCCUUGAUUGCCUGUUUCCCCAAAGCCAUCACCAAUCACGACGUCGACUCGCCCACUAGCCCGGCCUUUGUCCGUCUGCCCGGUUCAGGCGAGUCGAGCAACGGCGAAGCAAGCCGGUCAACGUCGGCGCCGACGUUGGGAGUCGCCAACGGCGAGAGUCCCAGCUCUGACGGCGCCGGCGGCGCCAGUUGCAACCCUUCGCAUCCGCGCCUCAACCAGUCAGUCGAGGCGGCCGCGGUGGCGGCUGUCUCCAACUGUCUGGCCCAGCGCCAGGACCGCGCUAUGCUCUCGUGCCUGGCCGGAGCCCCGUUCACCUGGCGACGCUUGAUUGAGUCCUCGGAGGCCUGGCGACACUUCUACCUCAGCUGCCUGACGCGAAGUCGAUCCGGCGAAGCGGCUCUCGGUCAGGUCAACUGGGAGAACGUGAUCACGCUUGUGUUGGCCCUUAAAAUGGCGGAAUACGACCUUCUUGAGGUACAGAAUAGGAUUUUCGAGGUGAGACAGAUUCACUAG